AUGAUUGAAUCCGAGGCUCUCGUUCACCCAUUCAGAACCUCCCAAACCCUCUUUUCCUACCUAUGUAGCUCACUUCAAGGCACAAAACUGAGUCUCGCUCGUUCUCGUGUAACGGUGAGAGAGGUUCGGCAAGACCUUCCGUCUCUCUCCACUCCAUGGAUGCCAUGUAUCUCACCCAAGUGCUUAGUUCUUUUCACCCAGCCCGCUCGUGAGAUAUCCGCACUACCCUUGCCGAACAAAACCACGAGCUUCUCAGGAGCUUUGCUGUUACCCAAUCUAAGCUCUUUCGAGACAAACGGCGCAACCAGGCUAGCCCUACAGGAGAGUGCGAGAAAGGGAAACCCCGUUGCUCGGGUCAUUCUCCUCCCGCCCAUUGACCAAUACCCAUCCCACGCGACGCCGGUCUCGUUCAUAAACAGCCCGUGUUCCUCUUCGUCCGCUUCACACCUGACAUUCCACCAUCUUAUCAAACCCAAUUCCUAA